UGUAAAGGCUAAAAGCAAGUUUCACGAUACUUGAUCAAGAUGCCAGACUUAAAAGUAGAAGGAGUUGAAAGUUCGGUGAUUUUCGAAAUGAUAGCCACAGAAUUCGAAAAAAUGCCAGAAGCAGAAAAGAAGGCUCAAAUGAAGAAAGUGAAUGGUAUAUUUCAAUUGAAUGUCAAAGGUAGUUCUGGUAAAGAAGGACAAUGGACGAUUGACUUCAAAAAGGAAGGAAAAGUCUACAAAGGACCAGCCAAGCCUAAGGCAGAUGUGAUUAUCAAUAUGGAAGACAAGGUGUUCAAAGAUCUCGCAGAUGGUAAACUGAAUGGACAAAAAGCUUUUAUGAGUGGUAAACUCAAGGUGAAAGGCAACAUGAUGCUUGCUACAAAACUCGAUGUACUUCUCAAAGGUGCUAAAGCGAAACUCUGAAGAUCCAAAGGCUCAGAGUUGCUUAGGGUACCAAGCGGAACACGAUUUAGUAAUUCGUCAGUGCUUUAGAUGGUCAUGACAAAGAUUUUUAUACCUUUAGUUCACCAUGAAACAAUCAUAAUUAUUUCAAUUUAUUAGGCGAUAUAUGCUGCGAUACAGAUGAUGUUGGCCCUAUAAGACUUUUACAUCACUAUGUUCGAGACCUGUUCAUCAUUAGUCUUUUUGACAUAAGUUUCUAUUUUGCUUUUCUCUUUGUCUGAGUCAAGAUAUGAGGUGCUUGGGUUAGACAAGAAUUUAAUUCAAGUC